UUCUUCAAAGUCCCGACUGAGGUUUUCCGCGGAGCGCAGAGGCGACUCGGGCGGGCACCGCAGAAGAAGUGCUAGAAAAGUCCAAAAUGGGAAGCCUGCUGCAUUUCGCUGUCGUAUCGCUGAUAUGGCCAUUCAGUCAAGCCCAGCAGAGGGGUCUUUUCCCCGCUGUGCUCAACCUGGCCUCCAUGGCUCAGAUCAGCACCAAUGCCACCUGUGGUGAGACCGGGCCAGAGAUGUUCUGCAAGCUGGUGGAGCACGUCCCGGGACAGCCGGUCCGGAACCCUCAGUGCCGCAUCUGCAACCUCCACAGUGAACAGCCCGCUGAACAGCAUCCCAUUGAGUACGCCAUCGACGGGACCAAUAGGUGGUGGCAAAGCCCCAGUAUAAAGAACGGCAUGGAUUACCAUUACAUCACAGUCACGUUGGACCUUCAGCAGGUGUUCCAGAUUGCCUACGUUAUCCUGAAGGCAGCAAACUCUCCUCGUCCCGGAAACUGGGUGCUGGAGCGCUCCCUGGAUGGUGUCACCUUUACCCCCUGGCAGUACUAUGCCAUCACAGAAACUGAGUGCCUCACCCGCUUCAACAUCAUGCCCAGGACCGGCCCGCCGUCCUACGCCCACGACGACGAGGUCAUCUGCACCUCGUUCUACUCCAAGAUCCACCCACUGGAGAAUGGCGAGAUUCACACCUCCCUGAUCAAUGGGAGGCCCAGUGCCGAAGAUCCCUCCCCAACCCUGCUGAACUUCACCUCCGCCCGCUACAUCCGCCUACGCUUCCAGAGGAUCAGGACGCUGAACGCAGAUCUCAUGACCCUGGCUUUCAACGACCCGCGGGACAUCGACCCAAUCGUCACCAGACGGUACUACUACUCAAUUAAAGACAUCUCGGUCGGGGGCAUGUGCAUCUGCUACGGACACGCCAAAGCCUGCCCGCUGAAUAAUGGCACCAAGAAAUUCAGCUGCGAGUGCGAGGACAACACCUGCGGAGACAGCUGUGACCAGUGCUGCCCCGGCUAUCACCAGCAGCCGUGGAUGGCAGGGACAUUCCUGACCCGGCACGUCUGCGAGAAAUGCAACUGUCAUGGCAAGUCGGAGGAGUGCUACUACAAUCAGACGGUCGCUGACCGGAGGGAGAGUCUGAACACGAGGGGCGCAUACGAGGGUGGCGGCAUCUGCGUCAGCUGCGCCAACAAUACGGCCGGCAUCAACUGCCAGAGCUGCGCAGAUGGCUACUUCCGGCCAGAAGGGGUGUUCCCGGAGGAUCCUGACCCCUGCCAGCCAUGCUUGUGUAACCCCGUAGGCUCCCUCCAUGCAGCAUGCAUCCCCGACGAGUCUAUGGCCUCAGCAGGUCUAAGAGCCGGUUCCUGCCACUGCAGGCAGGGCUACGGGGGUGACAAGUGUGACAGAUGUGCCUUUGGGUACACCGGGUUCCCGCUGUGCGCACGCUGCAACUGCAGUCUGGAGGGAAGUCUGAACAGGGACCCGUGCAAGCUGCCCUGCACCUGCAAGGGGAACGUCGAGGGGGAAAACUGCGACCUCUGCAAGUCGGGAUUCCACAAUCUUCGUGAAGAUAAUUCCUACGGAUGUGAAAAGUGCUACUGCUCCGGGAUCACGAGCGAAUGCUCCGACUCUCCCUGGUCCUACAGUAAUAUGACGACCAUGCUUGGCUGGGUCCUGAUGGGGGACGGUGAGGGUAAGGUGUGGUCCAUGCCGAGUCAGAAGGACCCUCCGUCGCUCAGCAUCAGCCAUGCAGAGGCCAACGCCCAUCUGCAGGGUGCUUUUUACUGGAGCGCUCCUCCCAGCUACCUAGGGAACAAGCUAGCAGCCUAUGGGGGGAGGCUGCUGUACACGGUGCCCAUCACGUCCUCCAUCCAUCCCGACCUCGUCCUACAGGGCAAUGGGAUAACAAUGACUGAAAGCCAAAUCGGGCUGCAGGUGCACCCCUUUACUGAGGGAACAAAGAGCAUUGUCCUGCGCGCCGAGAAUUUUAUACACCGGGAGACAGGCCUCGCUGUCAGCAAGAAGGAGUUCAUGACAGCUCUCAGCGAUUUGAAUGGGCUUCUCAUCAGAGCCUCGUACAGCCAUGAUGAGGGCGCCCUCUACAGACUCAACUCUGUCACCCUGGAGAUGGCCAGUGAUGUGUCCCGGAGCGGUGUACCAGCCAGGGCUGUGGAGAUGUGUCACUGUCCCCAUGGCUACGGCGGAACCUCUUGUGAGAUGUGCUUACCUGGUUACCGAAGGGUUAACGGCACCUUGUUCAAAGGAGUGUGCGAGCCCUGCCGCUGCUUCGGCCACUCGGCGCACUGUGAUGACAUCACGGGCCGCUGCCUGGACUGUGAAGACCACACCAUGGGUCCUCACUGUGACACAUGUGCCCCUGGUUUCUAUGGCGAUGCUACCAAGGGAACGGCCGAGGACUGCAAGCCCUGCUCGUGCCCACUCUCUCAUCCCUCCAACAACUUCAGCCCCACGUGCCACCUGGACUCCGGCGGCGAGCUGAUCUGCGACCGCUGCCAGCCGGGCUACACCGGACCGCGCUGCGACAGGUGCUCCAAUGGUUUCUUUGGCCAGCCUACAGAACUGGGGGGGUCAUGCCGACCCUGCCAGUGCAAUGGAAAUUUGGACCUCUCUGCUCCCCGUAGCUGUGACCCUGUGACCGGAACGUGCCUCAGGUGCAGGCCGGGCUACGGGGGCGCGGCCUGCGAGACCUGCGGGGAGGGCUACUUUGGUGACGCCGUCGUGGCCAGAAACUGUCAGCCCUGCCAGUGUUAUGGUAACGGCUCCCUGUCGGAGGUGUGCCACCACGAAACUGGCCAGUGCUCGUGCAAAGAGCACGUGAUCGGGCGGCAGUGCGACGAGUGCAUGGCCACCACCUUUGGCGUACAGUCAGGACGCGGCUGCAUUCCCUGCAACUGCAACUCCUUCGGCUCCAAGUCCUUCGACUGCGACGAGACAGGCCAGUGCCGGUGCCAGCCAGGAGUCGCCGGCCUCAAGUGUGACCGCUGCGCCCAGGGCCACUUCAACUUCCAGGAGGGGGGGUGCACACCAUGCCAGUGCUCCCAUGUGGGGAAUAACUGCGACUCCAACACCGGACAGUGCAUCUGCCCCCCGCACACAGUGGGAGAGAGGUGUGACAAGUGUGCCCCGAAUUUCUGGGGUCAUGACAUCAUCACUGGCUGUAAGCCGUGCGAAUGCAACUUGAUCGGCUCCGUGACCCUGCAGUGCAACAUCAACACGGGCUGCUGUUUCUGCCGGGAGCAGUUCACCGGGCAGAAGUGCACCGAGUGCAAAGUGGGCUUCCGCGAUUUCCCACAAUGCACCUCCUGCGAUUGCUCCCUUGCCGGCUCGGCCAGCCAGACCUGCGACGCCGACCACGGCAUGUGCUCCUGUGCCGACACGACAGGCCAGUGCACCUGCAAGGCCAACGUGGAGGGGCUGGCGUGCGAUCGGUGCCGGCCGGGGACCUUUGGGCUCAACGUGAGGAACCCGCUGGGCUGCAGCCAGUGCUACUGCUUCGGCAUGUCUGACACAUGCAGCGAGGCCCCUGGGCUCAUCCGCAUGUGGCUCACCCUGAAGCCCGAGCAGACAGUGCUGCCACUGGUGGACAAGGCCUGCCGUCUGACGACCACACAGGGCAUUUCGUUCCAGUACCCAGAGAUCAUCGCCCACGCAGAACUGGUGACCCGCGAGCUGACGGAGCCAUACUACUGGAGGCUCCCAGAGCAGUUCCAGGGAUCCAUGAUAACGGCAUAUGGAGGAAAGCUGAAGUACACCAUAUAUUAUGAAGCCCGUGAUGAAACAGGCCCCUCCUCCUAUGAGCCUCAGGUGAUCAUGAAAGGAGGUCCCCUGAAAGACAAGCUGAUAAUGCGACACAUGCCCGGCCUGCAGAUCGGCCAGCUGACCCGGCAUGAGAUCGAGAUGACCGAGCACGACUGGAGACGCGGUGAUAACAGUGCAAUGUCACGCGAGGACUUCAUGAAUGUGCUGUUCAGCAUCGAGUACAUCCUCAUUAAGGCCUCCCACGGCAGCUUGAUGAGGCAUAGCAGGAUCUCUGAGAUUUCCCUGGAAGUUGCAGAAGAAGGGCGCCCCUCAGUGGAGAGUGAGCGCGCCUACCAGAUUGAGAAAUGCGAGUGUCCGCUGGGGUAUUCGGGCCUGUCCUGCGAGGAAUGUUCUGCUGGCUUCUACCGGGUGGCGGAGCAUGCUGGGGGCCGGGCUUCCCACACUGGCAUCGGCAGCUGUGUCCAGUGCCAGUGCAGCGGCCACAGUGAGAUCUGCGACCCCGAGACAUCCAUCUGCCAGGCCUGCCAGCACAACACGGUGGGUGACCGGUGCGAGCACUGUGCCCCUGGCUACUACGGCGUGGUGCGAGGGUCCCCCCAGGACUGCCGGCCAUGUGCCUGCCCCCUCACCAACCCUGAGAACAAUUUCAGCCCCACCUGUGUCCUGGAGGGUUUCAAUGACUUCCGCUGCGACGCCUGUCCGGAGGGUUACGAGGGCAAGUACUGCGAGAGGUGCGCCAGCGGUUACCACGGUGACCCCCAGGUGCCGGGCGGGCGCUGUGAGGAGUGUAAGUGUGACCCGGUGGGCGCUCUGCCCGAGCCAUGUGACCAGCGGACCGGGCAGUGCGUCUGUCGCCCAGGGGCAACCGGACACACGUGUGGCAUAUGCAUGGAGCGGCAUGUGUGUGAAGCAUCCCAGAUAAUGUCCUGCGACGACGACUGCAGCGGCGUGCUCCUCAACGACAUUGACGGGCUCCACCGCCUCAUCUCCAGCGUCAACCUCACCAGCCCCCUGCCCCCCCCAUACAAGGUGCUCUACAGGUUCGAGAACAUGACAGAGGAGCUCAAGCACCUGCUCUCCCCCCAGAGGGCGCCAGAGAGGCUCCUCCAGUUGGCAGACAGCAAUCUGGGAAGCUUGGUGACAGAGAUGGAUGAGCUUCUGGGCCGUUCGACCAAGGUGUCAGCGGACGGCGCCCAAACAGACGCUGACUCCGAAAGGAUUCAGAAGAGGGCGGAAGACCUGGAGCUGCUGGUCAAGAACACCCUCCUGGGCGCUAAAGUUCUUCAGGACAAGGCCCAGCAUCUGAAUGAGACACUGGGCUCCCGCGACGGCACCCCUGAGAAGAGCCUGCAGGAGAUGCAGAAGGAGAUUGAGGCCAUGCUGGCGGAGCUGCACAAGCGCCAGUUUGGGGGCAAGAAGCAGAUCUCGGACGAGGAGCUGGGGGCAGCAGAGGCUUUGCUGCAGAGGGUCACGCGACUCUUUGGAAAUCCACACAAAACCACGGAAGACCUGAAGCAGGAGGUGAUGAGUAAAGUGGCCGACUAUCGGGACAAGCUGGAUGACGCACACGAGCUGCUGAAGGGGGCCCAACUGAAGAUCCGCAAGACCAACGCCCUCUCCGAACUGAACCGGUGGAACACGAGUAUGCUGGAGAGCAAGAGGGAUGCCGUGAACACUGCCAUGACAGGGACGGAGGACACCCUGACUGAGGCGGAGCGUAUCCUCGGCGAGGCCAACCUUCUGUCGGCCAACAUCAAUCAAGAGGUGGAGGACCUGGAGGAUAUGGCGCGUGACCUCAACCAUCUGGACGACCAGCUGGACUACAAGGUGAACAAGAUCAGCAUGGGUCUGCAUGAGAAGAAUCUACCGGGGCUGAUGCUGGAGGUGGAGAGCCACGCCGCCCAGCUCAAGGACUCUGCUGGCAUCCUGGACAGUAUCCUUGCAGAAGCCAAGAACCUGUCAUUCAAUGCCACGGCAGCAUUCCAUGCCUACAGCAACAUCAAGGACUUCAUCGAGGAGGCAGAGCGGCUGGCCAAGCAAGCCAGGGCACGGGGCGUGGAGGCCGUUCAGCUGGCUUCCAGCCCCAGAGGCUCUCUGAAGGAGCUGGCCAAGAACUCACUGCAGAAGAGCUUCCGGCUGUGGAACGAAGCCAAGGAGUUGGAUGGUGACGUUAAGGAGAAUGCCGAAAAUCUGGGCCGGCUGCAGGGCAGGAUUAAGAAUGCCGAGACCAAGAGCAAGGACCUGCUGAAAUCCAUCGACGACGCCCUGGGAAGGCUGGAGACCCUCCCGAAUGACACGAGUUCCAAGCUGCAGUCGGCCAAGGAGAAGGCCAGGGACGCCAACGACACGGCCAUCGAUGUGCUGGCCAGGCUCAAGAAUAUGAACCUGGACCUAGCGGGCCUGCAGCGCAACUACAGCAAGCUGGGUGAUGACAUCAAAAAGGCUGACAACAUGAUUCAGGACCCCGACAAAAAUACCAUAAUUCAUGCAGCCGGGGCGAAAGUGAAAGACCUGGAGGAUGAAGCCGACCGCCUGCUAGAGAAGCUCAAGCCUAUCAAGGAGCUCCAAGACAAUCUGAAGAAGAACAUCUCGCAAAUAAAGGAGCUGAUUAACCAAGCGCGCAAACAGGCCAACUCGAUUAAAGUGUCCGUCUCCUCGGGGGGAGAGUGCAUCCGCGCCUACCGACCCGAAAUCAAGAAAGGUCGCUACAACACCAUCAUCUUGAAUGUGAAGACCGGAUCCCCGGACAAUUUACUCUUCUACCUGGGCAGCGCCCAAUAUACUGACUUCCUGGCGGUGGAGAUGCGCAAGGGCAAGGUUAGCUUCCUGUGGGAUGUCGGCUCCGGCGUGGGCCGUGUCGAGUACCCCGAUCUCACCAUCCACGAUGGGAACUGGCACCGGAUCGAAGCUUCUCGUAUCGGCAUCAAUGGUACCAUCUCAGUCCAUGCGCUGGAGGGCCCGAAAGCUGGCAUCAUGCCCGUCUCCAUCAGCGCCAGCUCCCCCAAAGGCUACACCAUCCUCGACGUGGACGAGAAAGCCUAUCUCUUCGUUGGAGGCAUUCUGGGAAGCGUGAAGAAAGCUGAUGCUGUUAAAACCGCCACCUUCGUUGGGUGCAUGGGAGAGACCUACCUGGACAACAAACCCAUAGGACUGUGGAACUAUCGCGAGCGGGAGGGAGACUGUGCCGGUUGUGUAGUGAGCCCUCAGCCAUCAGACAGCGAAGGGACGGUGCAUUUUGACGGCGAGGGCUACGCCGCCGUGAGCCGGCCGACGCGCUGGAACCCCAACAUCUCCACCAUCACUUUCAAGUUCCGCACCUUCUCCACCAACGCUCUCCUCAUGCAUUUCGCCACGAAGGACAUGAAAGACUUCAUGAGUGUAGAGCUGAGUAACGGCAGAGUGAAGGUCAGCUACGACCUGGGGUCCGGGCCAGGCAAUGUCUCCAGCAGCCAACGGUACAAUGACGGCCACUGGAAGUCCUUCACCAUGGCCAGAAUGUUGAAGCAAGCAAGUGUGACUAUCGUGGAUAUUGACUCCGGCGAUGAAGAGAACCUGGUGGCCACAUCCCAGGGUGCCAGCUCUGGGCUGAACCUCAAGGAAGGCGAACGGAUAUAUUUUGGAGGUUUGCCGACCAUUGGGAAUUUCAGGCCAGAGGUCACUAUGAAGAAGUACGCAGGCUGUAUGAAGGACAUAGAAGUUUCCAGAACACCGUACAAUUUGCUAAGCAGCUCCGACUACACAGGCCUGACGAAGGGCUGUGCGAUAGAGAACCUGCACACGGUCAGUUUCCCGAAGCCCGGCUUUGUGGAGCUGAGAGGCAUGGCGUUUGACGUGGACACGGAGAUAACGCUGUCCUUCAGCACCAAGAGCGACAAGGGCAUCAUCCUGUUUGGGAGCGGGGGCGUCCCUGUACCCCCCAGGAGAAAGAGGAGGCAGACGGGGGAGGCCUUCCUGUCCGUGCAGCUGAACAAGGGGGUCCUGGAGGUGCUGGUGUUCGCCGGCGGGCGCGGCCCCCGCAGGGUGGGCCGCAAACCAGAAGAGGGGAUCCUGCACGACGGCCGGGAGCAUGCCCUGCGCAUUGAGAGGAUAGGCGGGGGCUUCACAGUACAGAUAGACGAAGAAGAGAAGAUGGAACAAGUUCUCCCCAACGACCAUCCCAUGACCAUCAAGCGGCUCUUCCUGGGUGGGAUCCCCCCAGAUGUGGAGACAGGUGCCCAGAGAACCAAUGUACCCUUCGAGGGCUGCAUCUGGAACCUCGUCAUCAACACUAUACCGUGGGAUUUCUCUCAGCCAGUGGCGUUUGAGAAUGCAGAGAUUGGCCAGUGCCCCAGCAUGGCGACACUCCCAGCUCCCGGGCUGCCGCCCGAGGAGGCGCCCAAACCGGACACCAAGGAGGUGGAGGAGCGGUGGCCAGAACCGCAUCGCUUACCAACGCUGCCACCAUCCAGCAUCUCCUGCGCAGCUGAAGCGAGCCCCAUCGUUCUGGAGAAGGCGAUGCAGUUCGGCCUGUCCAGAAACAGCCAUGUAGCCAUGGCCUUCGAUGACACGAAGGUCAAGAACAGACUCAUCAUCGAGUUCGAGAUCCGGACUGAGGCUGAGUCGGGCCUGGUCUUCUACAUGGCCAGGAUAAACCAUGCGGACUUCGCCACCAUCCAGCUGAAGGAAGGGAUGGCCUACCUGAGCUUCGACCUGGGCAGCGGGAACACGUCCGUCAGCGUGCCACGCAUCAUCAAUGAUGGCCAAUGGCACAAGAUAAGGGUACUUCGGGAAAAGCAGAGGGGUGUGCUGACCAUCGACAACCGCUACUUCAAACACACCACCAGUCCAAAGCAGGCCGACAUCCUGGACGUGGUUGGGAUGCUCUAUAUCGGUGGCCUGCCUGUUAAUUACACCACUAAACGAAUCGGCCCAGUGGUGUACAGCAUCAAUGCCUGUAUCAGAAAUUUCCAAAUGUUGAACACGCUGCUUGAUCUGGAGAACCCCACGUCCCGCUACAAUGUGGGCAGCUGUUAUGUCAAGACUGAGAAGGGCAAUUACUUCAAUGGCACAGGAUACGCCAAAGCAGUGAACAGCUACAAAGUCGGCAUGGACAUGUCCAUGGAGCUGGAGUUCCGAACUUCCCAGAGCAGCGGGGUCUUGCUUGGGGUCAGCAGUCAGAAGAUGGACGGCCUGGGAAUCGAGCUGCACAACGGCAAGCUGCUCUUCCACAUGGACAAUGGGCUGGGCCGGGUCACAGCGGUGCACGAGCCCGACACGGAGGCUGCCCUCUGUGACGGCCAGUGGCACUCGGUGAUCGCCCACAAGCUCAAGCAUCGGCUGGAGCUGACAGUGGAUGGCCAGAAGUCGGAAGCGGAGAGUCCUCACGUCAGGUCCACGUCGGUGGACACCAACGACCCCGUCUAUGUCGGGGGUUACCCAGAUGGACUGAAGCAGUUUGGGCUGACCACCAGCAUACCUUUCAAGGGCUGUAUGCGCAACCUCAAGCUUAUCAAGGGCGCCAAGGUUCAGGAAAUUCACCUGCAGAGGGCGCUGGAGCUGCACGGAGUGCAGCCUCUCACCUGCCCGUCAAACUGAGGCCACUUGGGAGCCAUCUGCUUGCAUCAAUACCCGUGGCACCACAUUAAAAGCAGAGCAUAAAAGAUUUUCCACAAUCCUUCCUGUUCCCCAGUAUUCUGCCUUGCUGUGUGUGAUUGGAUAACUGGAUUUGCUGGUUUUCUUUCGUUUUCAAAGCUGUCAGUAUCUCAUUCAGGAAGGACUUAUCUUUCAAACCCAUACGAAAUAAAUGCGUGGUUCUGUAGAAGGAUAGAAAGGUCUUCUUCACGUGAACUGUUGCCACAUGCCUCUUACGUAUGCAUGGUGUGACAAUGUCCUGUAACGCACUUACAAAUAUAUCUCUUUUACUGAAGUGAAA